AUGUCUCUCAAGGACCUCUACCAAAGGUUCCUUGCGAAUCCGAAGUCCGUUCCCUUGGCCGCCAAUGCCUCCCUGAUCUAUAUCACCACGGCUACCCAAUUCGACGGUGCCGAUGCGGUCGUCAGCCAUUUAACGAAGCAAGAGACCGUCGUGAAGAAGAAAGCCGCAGAUAUCAUUGGCGCAAUCGAAGGUUCAGAUUCUCUAUGCUUGGAUGUAGAGGUUACGUUGGAGUUUGUGUCUGGAGGCGGGGCCUAUCUCCCCUCUCUUGACGAUAACUUCCUGGCCGAUCGAGUCGCAGCUUUCCCCACGGUCCACAUCGUGCGCUUCGAUUCGGAGAACCAAAUUCAGAAUGUCAGAAUAUACUGGGACCAAGCCUCACUUUUGAAACAGGUCGACGUUAUCGGCGCUCGCGGACGGGGCUGGCCCAUUCGUGAUGCAAAGGACCAGACACGUCUGAUCAAAGCUGCCGUCGCUUCUGUCCCCGCAAGUGAGGGUCCUGCACCGUCUCAGCCCCCCACAAAGGAAAACAGUGAAGAAUUCCGCUCGAAGUCCGCCUCUCCUUCGAAGAGACGUAUCAAGGAUCCCUACGCGGCAGAGUCUCUGGAGGAACUCUUGUCGCCUGGAAAGGAUCGCACUCAGCCGGUGCGUGCUCCUCGUGCUCCUGCAUCCGCAAAGCCCCCACCACGCGAUUACAGCGAACUCUUUGUCGGCGAAGACGAAAACGAUGCGCCGGAGCCUACGCCGUCUAAGUCCCGGGCCAUUGCUCCCAAAGCGGGCGCAGGCAAGAACUAUCGCGCUUCUCGUAUCUUCGAGGAUGAUGAAGCAGAGGCUAAGCAGCAAAUCGCCUACAAGACAAACCCGAAACGGUUUGAUCAUUUUGAGCUCGGCGCCGAUAACAGCGAACGCGAAGUGAAGUCGAAACCCGGUCGCCCCAUGUCGCGCCAUGUCCCUCACUGGGAUUUUGAGGAUUUUGCAACACCAGAGAAGCCUAAACGCCAGCCCCGUCCUCAGGAGGCACGACACUUUGGAUGGAGCGACGACGAGGUUCAGCCAACUCCUCCCGUGAAACCUUUCGUAGUGCAACCCAGACGCGACGCGGAAACGCAUUUCGACCUCAUGGAUAAUGACGACGAGCAGCACAAGUCACGCAUUAUCAGCUCUUUCCAGAACAAGGGUCUUAAUCUCUACAAAACCCACAUGUACAACGAAGAAGAGUCUCCUGGAAAGAAUGCGGCGGAGAAGGCACCACUUGGUGUCGUCCCAAACGGCGGCAAUCGGAAGAAGGACUUUGAGACUCACUGGAGCAUGACCGGGUCCUCUCCCGCGGAUGGAAAGGUCAGUCACGAGAACCAGAAGCCAAUGGGGACAGAUCGCCUGAAGGCCGUCAAGAUGAUGGAGUCUUCCUGGGAAGCAUACGAUGAGUCUCCGCAGCCCAGUAAAACUGCACCUCCGCCUCAGCGUCGUGCGCUGCGCCACGUCAAUGAGAAGCACUGGGGCUUCGGCGAUGAGGAAUAA